GUUGACUCAUACCAAAGGGAUAUUGUCUCCAGUACACACCUGCUGAAGAUCCUUUCUGUGCAUGUGACUGUGAUAUAUAAGCUUGGGUUUAACUACCAGGGAGACGAGUGUUUACUGUCUUUAAAUGCCAAAGAAGGGCGUAUUAUACAAACCUUAUAGCAAACACACUACUUCAUGAGUUCAAAGUCAUCUUUCUGCUUGACAAGCUACUCGGGCACUUUGGCAUUUCAGUGAUCAUCGUAUCUCACGUUCCUCCCUCGAGUUUUGGUAUGAUCUGGCCUGCAUGCAAAGCAGAGAGGUUAAACAGGUACCACUCCUGUCUCCUCUCUCCUUUCGCAUAUGUGUGUGUGUUAAGAAGAAUGCUGGACUUUGGCCUUCCUACGGCCCAGCGAGAUGAGAUAAGUGGUGAACAUUUGUUUCACGCCUGCUCGGAUAUGAAUCAGAAGGAGAAACCUGGCUCUUCAUGAAUCUCCGUUGUUCCUAAAUAAUCCCCGGACUGAUUUUUUGGGAUUUGAAGAUUGGCAUGAGCGCUUCUGAAGAAGCAUGGACACAUUCACCCUUGCAGCUGUCUUGCUUUUCAUCACAGGGGGCGUGAGCGCUCAAGUGCUGCAACCUAUUAAUGAGACGGUGCUCCAAAACUCUGAAGCCAGGUUCAACUGCAGCAUUAAUACGGCUGGCUGGACUGUCAUGACCUGGACAGUGAAUGAACGCUUAGCUCUCAGUAUUUCAGAGAGCUCAGGCCCGAUUGGUAGUCAUAUCCGGUACUUUGCCACAAACUACUCCACAGCAGGACAAUAUAAAUGGGAGUUUCUGAUCAAGGGCGUCACAACAGCCGACGCUGGAAGAGUGGGGUGUCAGGUGCAGGGCAGUCUGCCCGUAUCUGCUACACUGACUGUCCAGCAAAAUGGCACAGUGGCAAUUAUGGGGUCAAACCGCACAGCUACAGAAGGAGAUCAGGUCACGUUCCAGUGCCUCGCAGUAGGCUGGUUACCUGCAGCGCAGCUUUCCUGGGCUGUGAACGGCAUACCGGUGGAUAAAGGGGUCAAUAACACAAGCCCAGUGGCAGACGGGAUUCUCAUGAACUCCAACAGCACUCUCAAAAUCACCGCCACCAGCAAUGCUUCUGUGGACUGUCUGGCAUCCAUUUCUAGUCUCCCAUCACCUGAAAUCAGCACUGUCUUCCUGACAGUCCAGAAGGCCGUGCCACCGCCGCGCAGAGACCAGACAGUGUUAAUAGCAAUCACUGUGGCCUUCAGCUUGGCCGCACUUUUAGUCCUCCUCAUCAUCGGCAUCAUCUUCUGCUGUAAGAGGCAGAGGAGAAAGAGAUCAAGCUAUCAGGACCAAAUGAGAGCACACACUCUAUCUCAUAGACAGCAAGCCGCAUACCCUGAGAGAGGACAGGUAUGGCAUAACAUUGGAUUCACUGAAGAAAGGCCGAGAGCAGACAACAAUGACGGGGUGUACACCAUCAGCGGCUUCCAGCAAAGCAAUUAUAUCAACAAUAUUCAGCUUCCUGAAGUGAAUCCCAACCAAUACGUCGACAGUUCCACUUACGACGGUUACUCCCUCGAUGAUCCUGGGCUCAAAAAACACAGACAUUUGACUAUCGUGUAAAUAGACAAAGCGCUUUAUUUUUCUAAAUAACGCAUAGAAGUCUUAACUUAUUGCGAAAGAUAUAAUAUAUGUUCAUUGGUGCACUGAUUGCAGUGCAAGCCUAUGGUAUAACUGUAUUUUAAACUUCUAUGUAAAGUAUAUAUUUAAUUUUUAUUUAAUGUCAGAAAAUGUUUUAUAACUGCACUGUAUAUAAAAGAGCUAUAUGAGACGUAUACGAGACUUAACGACCUGUUUACAUGUACAGAUCUCGUACACUGCCUUGAUUUACCAUUCAAAGGAAGUUUUCUAAUAAAAGUUUCCUAAUAA